GUGACAGUACAUGAGACGAAAUUGUUGAUGUUCUAUAUACAAAUAUCCUGUAUUUUGUGUCAGAAAAAUUGAACGUGUUCUUUGUGGUGCUUCAGUGGAACGAUACUUUGAUACUGGUACUAACAGAAGGUUGCAAUUGCGCCGAUGUACCACCCUCCACCGUACGAUGUCCAAAACUCUUAUUGGGCUUACGGACCUUAUCCAGCAGGUGCUCCGCUGUUCGAGUAUCAUCCAUAUCCUAUUUACAGUCCGACAGUCAUAAACCCAGCUCUUGUUCCCUUUUCAAAAGCUCAGGCUCCAAUUGACCCAAACUUCACUCAAAAUCCUACAACGUCAACUUUUGUAAACACAUCUCAGUCUAACAACGAUCCAUAUCUGGAGGAAACAUCAUCUACUAGACCUAGCUCUAAAUCUCCAUCAUUGGCUUCAACUUCAGAAUCCCAAAUGGCUGCCGCAACAUCAAACAGUAGUCAGAAACCAAGGUGCACAAUCCGGGUGGUUGAUCCAGAAACGAAAGAAGAUUUGACAGAGAAACUAGCAGAGAUGUGUGCACAAGUAGCUGAGGAGGAACGGGCAAAGCAGCCUCCUGUUCAGACUCAGCAAACGCCACACAACAUACCUGCUAACAUGGCACCACCGCCUCCUCAAAAUCACUUGGACCUGGAAACAUUACGUGCCCAUCAGCUUCCUCAAAUAGAUCCUCAUGCAAUCGUGCCAGUGAUGCCGUACCAGAUGCCCCCUCCGCCGUACGAGCAGCGAAGAGGACCCAACUCUAGAAAUUACACUGGGCCGAGAAGAGGAGGAGGACACUACAAUAGAUCUUACCAGCCUCCCCCAGGAAAACAACAGAGAAACCCUAGACAAAACAAACCUCUACAUCCCAGGGAACAAGAAAUUAGGGUGAACAGAGUACCUCCCCAAGUACAAGCAACCCGAGCAGAGUUGCAGCAGCAGCAUGAGGAAGAUGACCUGAUGUACAAAGCAAGUCAGCUUCAGUCAUCGGAACCUCCUGUCUCUGGAAACUGCGCGAACACGUCCACAUCAACACCUUCCCUAGUGGAACCUCAAGCAGUCUCGGAAGUGUCAGAGUCCCCAUCGAUGACUACGUCUGAAGGAUUGCAAAGUGAGGAUUGCAAUUCGCCACAGAAAGUGUUACCCGAAGUGACGUGUAUACUGAAUAAUAACUUGGAAAUUGUGCAACUUGUUUCAGAUGCCCAAGUGAGGAUUGAGGAAGUGAAUGACCUGAAGAGCGCCUGCUCUACUUCGGAUAUUUCAUCUGAGGUAGUCUCCUCCAAAGCGCAGCAGCAGAAACGUCCCACCACAGUGACUGCAACUGCACAUUUAGCAUCCCCUGUCGGAGUGACUUCUCAGCUCGCCGAAUCUAAACCAAAAGAUGCUAACAACAGGGAAUCUGCUUCAAGUAGCAACAAGCCACAGUCUUCGAAUGGAGCAUCAACAACAAUCCUUCCAAAAACAGCCACAUGGGGAAAUAAAUUUUCGAAGGCAGCUAUCGUGAAACCAAUAAACUUCAUACCCCCCAUGCAGGACCACAAAGAGUCUAAGAAGUUAGACGAAACAAAGGGAGAAACUGAGAAGAAGAGUCCUGUUUCCUCAUUGGACCCUGUUCACUUUCCCAGUGCAAAUUCGCCAGUCACAAAACAGGACACAAUCAAACCUACUGAAAAGGGUAGUACAUGUGGAGAAAAGGAGCAAGCAAAGGUACAGUCGGUAGUGUCAGCACCUCUAACAUCCUGGUCUUCCCGGCUGGCUGCCAGUGUAGCUAAUGUACAACCUAUCCAGCCGCGGCCUGUCCCUGUCGCAGUGAGUCCUCUGGCACAACCUCAACCAACCUUGAUUCCCCAAAAUGUUCCAGGGAAUAACACAGAGUCAACUUACCAGGACUCGAGAUCUCAAUAUCCGACUAAGAAGGAUGCAGACAAUGUCCAAAAAAUGGGUACCAGUAUCUCAGCCGAAAAGCUAGUUGAGCCGAAACCAAAAGCUAAAGCUUCGCCAGCGAUGUCACUAGAGUCAAAUAAUAGUAAAAGCGAGCUAAGUGAAGCCGAUGUGGACCAAGAAGGCUUUCAAGAAGUUAAGCAGAAGCGUAAGCAAAAACCUACUCCUCAGCCGACUCCAAAUGCUUGGGGCGGAGCGUCACGAAGAGCGCCUCCAUCCUACAGUCAAACAUCAAACUUCGGUGCUUCUCAAUCGGCUGUGCCUUCACAUGAAAACUCUGAUAACAGACCUCAGUCAAUAGUAGCAAGAUCCUCAUCGUUUGACCGCCCAGAGGAUAAAACUGGGAACUCUGGUUCGGGAUUUAGAGGACGUAGCUUCGGAAGACCGCCUCCGAGGCUUCCAAGAGGAAGUGGCUGGGGAAGAAGAGACGCCGCACCCAGAGCUCCAGUGGGACCAAAUGCGGAUGUAGGUGGAACCAAGCCUGCCGAAGAUACGGAGGUUGUCAUCAUGAAGUCUCUGCAGUUUGAAAACAACUCCGAAAAGUCUGGUUCUUCAGCGUCCACGUCUAAUGAAGGGUCUACAUCGUCGUGCUGGGCAGACCAAGUUGAGGCACAGAAACCUUCAUCAGGAGGAUCCGGAUCCUCCUCGUGGAGUCAAGUUGUGAGAACUACUCGAAACUCAAGUACAGCAGGUGCAGCAUCAAUCGUGAAAACCAAUUUGAGUCAUUUGCCACCAACUAAGAACACCGAUAAGCUCAGACAAUCUUCACAGGAACAGGAUGUCAGACCAGAAUGGGCUAGAGUUGAACCAAAAGUUACUCAACCUACUGCGCCAUCAAAGGUAAUUGGAAGCUGGGCAGAUGAAUCUCAGAAACAUGAAAUUAAGCCAGUGCCAGCAAAGGAACGAAGUGUCUCUCCCAUUGGAAGGGGAGUUGACAUUGUCAGUCGAGGCAGUUUUUCGAAAGUAUCGGAUUCUUCAAAUGUGUCUGUAACUGAGAACUCGCAUCAAGUUAGUGCAGCUCAACCUGUUAAGCCAGUCCAAGCUCAACAGUCAUCCACACCACAAUCUGCCAGAAAUGUGUCCCCGAAAAGACGAGAACGCGACCACUCACCGCCUCAGUUCUCAGCCUUGGUCUCUCACUCGGAUAAACGAACUCUGCCUGCGUUCAGAAGAGGAGGUGGCGGAGGACAGAAAGAGCGAAGCAGCAGGUCGCCCUCUCCCCUUGCAGCAAAUAUUGGUGGGCAACAAACCGGAACCAGCAGUAGCAUAUCGUCAGUAUUUGGAAGUGACAAAGGCAACCCGCCGAAACAAAGACAGAUGGCUGUAGUUAACCCGAUGAAGUUCGAUGAUUGAAACUGAGUUGGAAAUUGAAGUGUUGUUUUGGAAUCAAACUUUAAUGGUGAAAACUGACUGAGAAAAAAACUGAUCAAUCUCCUUAGAUGCUGCCCAAAAGUUUAACGCAAACUACAUUGUCCUCAUUCGACACUUUUCACGUAAGUAAACAGUAGUCUAGUUGUCGCAACCGAACUCCUUCAAAUUGCGAUUUAGUAGCUCCUGCUGUUAUGAAGUUGUUUGCUUUUGGUCGUCAACUCAACUGAAGUUACAAUCAAAAGGCAUCGACAUAGAUAUGUUACUCUCAGAUGUGAAUCGUGUCGAUGUUGUAAUUAACAAAGCUCUUAUAUAACAUACCCUGAAACUAGUACUAAUGUGACAUAAUUUAGUCUAAUUCUACUACGCAAACACCAUAUCGCCGCCUCGUGAAGUAUCCGAGUUCAGAUCAGAUGCAUAUAUUAAUACACUAUCUAUAUUACGAAUUACUAAUGCCGAUACUAAUGCUAUGUUAUUAAUACUUUAUGUUGCUAACUAAGUGCUUGUUAUUUUAAACAUAAAAAUUGUAUUCUGUUGUAUAACCACGAAUACUUCAUGGCGCUCCAUGUGCUGUAGGUGCUUUAUUCGCUUGAUUUUUUGAUAGGAACAACAGUUGAAUCGUUGACUUCGGAAGGGCGUGGGUCUUAGUUAGCUUUUCGUCGCUCGUCAUGCUUGACCCGCCUGCUCUCGCGAGGCCAAGAGAUGAAGCUAAUUUUGGAUAAAUUGGUUUUUCUGUGCUUUACUCAUGUGUUUUCUCUGGUUUUUCUGCCUGGAGCAGGCCAGAUCAAUGGAGCUGGAGUACAAGGACGUGGACUGUAGUCCAGUGCUACUGCUUCUGCUCAAAUGCUACCUUUUGCUGCCGUGCCGCUAUCGCAACUACAAUACGAUCGGUGUCACGAUCGGCUCUUGAAGAGCUGCUCAGCCAAACUAAAACAAUUUUUGUUCUCAAAUUGCUAUAGUCUCAAAUUUAUAAAUUCAAAUUUGAAACCCUGCCAAUUGUAAGCUGUAUAAAGCUUCAUAAAACAAUUUAAUUUUCAUUUAAUUGUAGAUUGAAAGUAAUUGGCAGGGUAUUUGUAUUAUGUUUCGAUCCCUGUACAUUGUUCGCCUGAGCCCUAACUCCCUCACAUAACCUUGAGACUGAAUCCGGAUCCUACAUGCCCAUAGAAUCGUCUCGCUUAACCCCUUGCAAGCAAUGCAAAUGCAGGGUUCAAUUCCCUCUUCCUCCUUCCGCAAAGUGUUUAUUAGGCUAAAUAAAACGUCAAAUUUGGUCAUCCAACUUUCUAUAGCUUACAUUGUAUUUUAUUUACAUUUGGGGAGCUUUUAAGGUUACUGCAUUAAUCGUGUUUUAUAGUAUAUUAAUGUUGUUUCAUUUGCCAAUCACAUUUAAAAUUCCAAAAAAAAUGUUUUGCUUGGUGCGUCAUUUCUGGCUGUUUGGACGCAUUUUUCUGGACGUGGUGGUCCAGUGCAUAUAUACCAGGAUCUCUUUUCCGUGCCAUUGCAUAGCAGUUGCUGCUGUUCGUUUUCUAAGUGCUUUGGAAAAUUGGUGGUGCGAUAGUUUCCUAUUUUUCCUUGCAGGAUUUAGUUUUCGUGCUUGUUUUCAAACAGUGACUGUCAAGUCUCAAUCGAACCAAUAAAUCUGGCGCAAUUGAAGCCCCCUUAUUUUGCAAAAUUGAACACUUGUCAAUUUGUCCAGUCAUCUCAGCUAUCUGAUCUGAUGUGAGAGCUUACGAUGUGCUGAAUUUUGCUUCGUAAUGCAGUUGCAAAGAGACUAACAACAACUUUACAUGCUGUUGAUGGUGCUUUUGAUUUGAAUGUUUUGGAAGUCAUUUUUCACAAUUGACAUACAAGCUUAUUCGAAUCAAAAUCAUAUGCAGUAUUUUGAUUGCUCGUUUUGGUCCAAUUAAUUGAUCCGAAAUUAAUCAGAAUGUUUAGCUGAUGUAAAGAAAUUUAAAUCAAGUGAUAGCUGUUCUGUUCUUGAGUAAAAGUUUCAAAAUCAAGUAUUUAGAUGAAAAACAGUUAAGUAUCCGAAUUAUGCUUUGGCAAGAAAUGCAAUACAUGUACCUGACUCGAUUUGAAGUUUUUGAUGAUGCUGGAAAUGCAACCCACUUGAACAAACCCCGCCCCAUCAUUAAAAUACAUUGUCAACUGUUGACGCUAUAGUCAUUCUAUUGGCCAUGACACUACAAAUCAUCUACUUCUAUCAAUUACUGAUAUGACUCACUCCAAAAUUGCAGUUUGCUAAGUUGAAAGCGAAGUUAAGUCGUUGGUCAAUGAAGACUGAAUGGAUGUUGACAAUUGCAAUUGCACAUGCCUUAAUAAGUGCCUAUGAUAAUGUUCUUAGUACCUUGAUAAGAUAUGAAGUGAUUUAGAGUUCAGCAGUCACACCUCAACUAGUACUGAUACUAGCCUUAGCUGAGUGUUGCUUAAUUUAAGAGUUGAUUGCCAUGUUAGAUUUGAAUAUACCAGCCAUGAUUUUUCUCAGCAUGAAUUAACGGUAGUAACGGUAGGAUAGGAGAAAUACAUGAAGUCUAGUCGGGUUUAACUGCCCCUAGGUUUCCCAGCACUGCAAUUUUGGAGUGAUUUCGCCCUCUUCUGAGAACAGAACAGAAUAUAUUUUUGGUGAAAGUUCUUUUCAUUUGGUUUAUUUACACUUUCGUUGUUCAAUUCCGUGUAAAAAUACUAUUGUAAGUGCUGUUACAUAACCUAUAAUUGUAUCCGGCACAGAAUGAAACAAUCAAAUACAACCAGGACAGGAAUUCAUGAAGCCACUUCCUUUCCGCUAUGUUUUCGCAGUUCAUGAAGUUCUGUUCGAACUAACAGUGAUGUUGUGAUAGUAAAGUGAUGUAAAGUAAUGCUAGCUAAUCUAACAAAUAAACAAGCAAACCUCCUCUCAAACUCAAUCACGCUGACGCCGAAUUUUACAUUUACAAUCCAAACUUUACAAGCAUCUCAAUCUCAAUACAUGUUGAAAGUAAUUCUAUUUUUAUGAAAAACCAA